AGUCCUUUCCCCUCUAAGAAGGGGUGAUCCAGUGAGGAGCCAUGGAACGGAGCGGCAACCGUGUGGAGGACUUCCCUCUCAAUGUGUUUUCCGUCACUCCUUACACACCCAGCGCCGCUGACAUCCAGGUGUCCGAUGAUGACAAGGCGGGGGCCACCCUCCUCUUCUCAGGCAUCUUUCUGGGGCUGGUGGGGAUCACGUUCACCGUCAUGGGCUGGAUCAAACACCAGGGUGUCUCCCACUUUGAGUGGACUCAGCUCCUGGGGCCUAUCCUGCUGUCCGUUGGGGUGACAUUCCUCCUGAUCGCUGUGUGCAAGUUCAAAAUGCUCUCCUGCCAGUUGUGCAAAGAAAGCGAGGAAAGGGCCCUGGACUCGGAACAGAUCCUGGGAGGACAAUCGUUCGUGUUCACUGGCAUCAACCAGCCCAUCACCUUCCACGGGGCCACGGUGGUACAGUACAUCCCUCCCUGCUAUGGUUCUCCGGAGCCUCUGAGGAUGAACACCACCUACCUGCAGCCCGCGGUGAGCCCCUGUGGCCUCACCCCCUCUGGAGGGGCAGCAGCCGCCACGCCAAGUCCUCCCCAGUACUACACGAUCUACCCUCAAGACAACACUGCGUUUGUGGAUGACGAGGACCACCCUGCUUGCGUGGAUGCGGGAGAUGACAGGCCCAGCCCUGAGGCUGACUGGUUGGAAGACACGCCGCUGGAACCGGAGGCCUGUGCCUGCUUCUCGCCUCCCGCCUACGAGGAAAUAUACUCGCUCCCUCGCUAG